AUGGCUGAUGAAGCUCCCCCAAACUUCGGGGCAGAGCUGAAGGAUGCCUUCAAGCCAGUCAAUACCUGGGUAUCCAACGGCAUCGCCUGGAUCGCAGACGUCGAAGAAUUCUACCGCGAAAGAUCCGUAAUCGAAAAGGAAUACUCUACAAAACUCGGUCUCCUCGCCAAACGUUUCUUUGAAAAGAAAUCCAAAAAGACGGCCUCCCUUAGCGUCGGCGACAGCCCCCUGAUGACACCCGGUAGCUUGGAAAGUGCCUCGAUGACAACAUGGAACUCUCUCAUCACAACUACCGAAAUCGUCUCCCAGGAACACGACAAGCUUGCGACGGAGAUGAUCACGAAGUGUGCGGAAACACUCAAGGUCCUAAAUAGCCGUUACGAAACUUUUCGCAUCCAACACGAGAAGUUCGAGAAACGUCUUCUUACCGAUAGAGACGCACAGUACUCCGAGCUUCGAAAGACAAAGGCUGCCUACGAUGCCACCUGUAAAGAACUAGAAGGCAAACGGGUGAAGGUGGAAAAGUCGUUCGAUCACGGGAGACCAAAGGCCCAAAAGAGCUACGAUUCCCAAAUGGCCGAAAUGCACAAUGUCAAGAACACCUACCUUAUCACCCUCAAUGUCACCAAUGCAAUCAAGGAAAAAUACUACCACACGGAUAUCCCAGAUGUACUUAGCUCGCUACAGGAUUUGAACGAAACAAGGGUUCAAGCGAUGAAUACCGUAUGGAAGUUAUCUUGUAACAUGGAGUCUGCAGCCUUGAUCCGGUGCUCGGACCACAUGAAGAAGAUGCACGCCGAAAUUGAACGUAACCUACCACAUCUCGACUCGCUCAUGUUUAUCGCACACAACCAGCCCCAAGAUGGAUGGCGAGAGCCUCCAGAUUUCUUUUUCGAGCCCAGCCCUAUAUGGCACGAUACCGACGACAUUGUAAUUGAUGAGGCUGCGAGAGUAUGGCUGCAAAAUAAGAUUGCGAAGAGUCAGACUGGAUUGAUAUCUUAUCGGACAGAAGUUGAGAAACGGCGCAAGGAUGUCGAGUCCAUGCAGGUGAAACGGGAAAAGGCUAGAGGAUCAUCUGAAUCUCAAGCAGGAAGAACCACGGCAGAAGAAAUGGAUAUUUUAAGGAACCUGCUUAACGGCCAAGAAGAGCUGGCGGCAGUUAAUUCCAAGAGAGUGGCACUAGAAACAGAAGUCGAUACCGUAAGGCAGGCGUGCGGAGAUAUCGACAAAAAUGCACAUUCCCACAAAUUCAAAUCUGCUUCCUUCAAAAUACCUACAUCCUGCGAUCUGUGUCACGAAAAGAUAUGGGGCCUAUCAGCUAAAGGAAUGACUUGCAAGGAUUGCGGAUUUAAUUGCCACGCAAAAUGCGAAAUGCGGGUCGCCGCGAAUUGCCCUGGUCCGCUGGACAAAACCGCAAAGAAGGCUCUGAAGGAUGUACGGCAGAACAGAGGGAGCGUUAGCAUAGACAAACUGAGCGAACUACCGGCAUCCAACGGUAGCUCCAUCGGGGUCAACAGGUCGAAUACCGUUACGUCCGUUUCGACUAACUCUACAGCAACCGUUGAGAGAUCGGGGACGGUGAAGAGCACGGCUACUACUUCUACGGCUGCUACAUCGACAGCUCCUAGCGCUAGUUCGUCGAAACCACCAGCUCGAAGAGUGCUUGCUCCUCCACCCGCAGCAUAUAUUGCCGAACUUCCAGCAGACGAGGCUGUACCGGACGGACCAAAGGGAAAAAUGCUUUACUCGUACACUGCAGGCGGGGAUGGAGAAAUUUCGGUAGGAGAAGGGAAAGAAGUGAUCAUAGUUCAGCCAGAUGAUGGCGGAUGGACAAAAGUCAGAAAUGGCACAGUGACAGGUCUCGUUCCAACAACUUAUGUUGAGACUUUGGGAUCUUCGUCUUCAGCGAGGACCGUGUCAUCGCCAACAUCAACAAUCGACUCACGGCGAGAAUCCAUAAUAGGCGGGAAGAAGAAAGGACCAGCUGUUGCUCCGAAGCGUGGUGCAAAGAAACUGGUACAUGUCCAUGCUAUUUAUGAUUACAAAGCCCGGACGGAAGAUGAGUUUGAUAUGGCAGAAGGUGAUAAGUUCGUGCUGAUCGCUGAUGAUGAUGGGAGCGGGUGGGCGGAGGUUGAGAAGAACGGGGUGAAGAGGAUGGUGCCGGCGAAUUAUCUUGAGAAGGCUUGA